AUGCAAUCCGAAUGUGCUCAACAGAGUGGACAAAUUUCUACUAUUGAAUUGGAAUUAAAAUCGCCAGCUGGUAUAGUACUUUUCCCCGAGCCCGAGCGGGUUACCAAAGAAAUCUUUUGUUCUGCACAGGCAGAGGUUGAGGGUGAAAACUUCUGCAUUGCCCUGCCCUGCAGCGUAAUCAGCAUUUUUGAUGAAUUCGUCUAUGGAAUGGUUAAAAAACUUAGAGAAAAAUUUAUUAAUUUUCCAACCGGGAAAGAAUUAAAGAGAGUUGUGAUCGGGUUUCAAGAAGUUUGGGGAUUUCCACAACGCGAUGGUGCUGUUGACGGAACCCAUAUCUCAAUCUUGGCUCCAGAAAAUAAUCUGAAGGAUUAUUAUAACCGGAAAAAUUUUCAUUCUAUCCAUGCUCAGCUCAUCGUUGAUCAUGAAUACAUCAUUCGUUCAAUAUUAGUUGAAUGGUCUGGUUCUGUUCAUGAUGCCCGAGUGUUUGGAAAUUCAGCAAUAUACAACAAAAUAAGAAAUGGUGAAAUAUUUACACGAUCAUUCGAACAAAACUUAGAAGGGCAAGAAAUCCGGGUGUUCUUAGUGGGUGAUUCAACGUAUCCAUUAACGGAACAUGUGAUGAAGCCGUAUCGUAACAUGAAUCUUACUCAAGAUCAACAACAAUUCAAUUAUCGUCUUAGCCGCACUCGUGUCGUUGUUGAAUGUGCCAUAGGGCGAUUGAAAGGGAAUUUUCAGAUAUUACGUAAACAGGAACGAUCCCACUAG